UGCCCGCGCCCAAGUGGGCCUAUCAUUAUAAAUUUUUGUUUAUUUUCGGCAUUCCUUUGUAAAUUUAAUUUUGAUUCCAUUUUACAUUUUCUUUUAGUAUUAAAAAUACUUGUUAUUUCCCUGCAACUAAAUUUUUUAUCACCUUGAAUUCUAAAUAUUCAUCAAUGGAUUGUGAUAUUUCUGGUUAUCACGUCGAAUCAUUCAAUUUUUUGGCCGAUGAAGGAUUUCAAGCAAUUGCUGAAGACAUUCCUCCUGUCAAAUUAAAAUUACCAAAUGGGGAUGCUGUUGAAUUUUGGUACACAAAUGCUCGGUUAGGAAAGCCUCAUUUAGAUAAUUCAAAAAUGGGUGGUGAUAUAGGCAAUUGUCCAAUCUAUCCAGCAGAAUGUAGACAAAGACGAUUAACUUAUCGAGCACCCCUUAACGUUUGUAUUGAUUUACAGUUAAAUGGAAGAAAGAUUGAUACAGUUGAUUUACUUUUGGCAGAAAUUCCUGUAAUGCUUUGUUCUAAUAGAUGUAAUUUAUAUGGAUUGAAAAGAAAAGAAUUAAUUGCUAAAGGAGAGGAAGCUUUGGAAAGAGGUGGUUAUUUUAUUGUAAAUGGUUCAGAAAAAAUUAUGCGCCUACUUAUCGCAAAUAAACGUAAUUAUCCCUUAGCGGUUAAAAGGAAAACUUUUAGAGAAAAAGGAAAACUUUAUUCUGAAUUUGCUGUAAUGAUGAGAUGUUUUAGAGGAAAUCAUUAUUGUUCAUUAAUUACUCUACAUUAUCUUGAAAGUCUUUCAAUGACACUUCUUAUACAAGUAUUUUUUGUUCCUUUGUAUCGCCGUGAAAUUUUUUAUGUUCCUUUAAUUUACGUAAUUAAAUGUUUGGUCGAUUGGAAUGAUGCUCAAAUUUAUAAUCAAUUAAUUGCUGGAAGGCCUAAUGAUCAAUUUUGGGCUAAAUGUGUUCGAAAUAUGUUAACGGUUGCGCAGGCUUGCCAAUUUUUAUUAACUCAUUGUUUGGCUGUUCACUUAAAAACUGAUGAACAGAAAUUUUAUUGUUUGGCUAUGAUGGCACAAAAAUUAGUUGCUUUGGUUAAAAAUGAAAUUCAGCCAGAAUCUCUUGAUAACCCACAAUUUCAGGAAUUUAUAAAAGCAUUUUCUUCACAUAAAAACAAUGAACUUUCUCGUGGUCUAGAAUAUUUUCUAGCAACGGGGAAUUUAAUUACAAGAACGGGUGUUGGAUUAAUGCAAUUAACUGGUUUUGCUGUUAUUGCUGAAAGAAUUAAUCAAUUGAGAUUUGUUUCACAUUUUCGUGCAAUUCAUCGUGGUGCAUUUUUUAUGGAAAUGCGUACAACGGAUGUUAGAAAAUUGAGACCUGAAGCUUGGGGAUUUAUUUGUCCAGUCCAUACACCUGACGGUGCUCCCUGUGGCCUUUUAAAUCAUGUUACUGCAUCAACUAAUAUUGUUACACAUUUUACUCAAAGUCCUAGAAAAUUACAAGAAACGCUUUCGUCUUUGGGUAUUAUUCCGCACAGUUCUUUGGCAAUACUUCCGGAUGAACCUCUUUAUCCUGUUGUUGUUGAUGGAAAUUUUGUUGGUUAUUUAUCGUGUAGAAAGGCAGCAUUUGUUGAAAGGCAACUCAGAGCAAUUAAAGUUAGCGAAUUCGAUGACAGAAUUUCAAAAUUUGCUGAAAUAACUUUGAUUAGAAAUUCCCCUGAUCCCGAAAAUAUCCAAACUCAAUAUCCUGGUUUAUAUAUCUACACACUUCCUGGCCGGCUCUAUCGUCCAGUUAAGAAUUUAUUAUUGAAUGGGCAAACGGAAUAUAUUGGUAUGUUUGAACAAGUUUAUUUAUCGAUUGUUAUUGAUCCUGAUGAAGCAGAACCUGGUGUAACUAUGCAUCAAGAAUUGCAUCCAUCUGCACUUUUCUCCUUUGCGGGGAAUUUAAUUCCAUUUCCUGAUCACAACCAAUCGCCAAGAAAUGUUUAUCAGUGUCAAAUGGGAAAGCAAACAAUGGGGGUCCCAGUUCAUGCUUGGAGGCACCGCGCUGACGGCAAAAUGUAUUUACUUCAAACUCCACAAAAACCUUUACUUAAAUUAGAGGCUCAUGAUAAAUAUGAAAUGGAUGAAUAUCCUUUGGGAACAAAUGCUUGUGUUGCCGUAAUUUCUUAUACUGGUUAUGAUAUGGAAGAUGCAAUGGUAAUAAAUAAGGGAUCAUAUCAAAGAGGAUUUGCCCACGGAACAGUAAUUAAAGUUGAAAGAAUAAAUUUAGCAGAGCAUUCAAAUGCACGUUUUGGGAGGAAAUCCGAUUGUGAAGUUGUAUUUUGUGGUGAACCAAAUGAUGUUAGACCUGCCAGUUUAGAUGCUGAUGGACUUCCAAUUCAAGGGCGUUGUUAUCAAUAUGGAGAUUUUUAUUAUUGUACUUUUAAUUUGAUCAGUGGAGAAUUUAGAAAAUUUAAAUAUACUUCUAGUGAACCUGGUUAUUGUGGAAUUGUUAGAAUUGUAAGAGAUGAAAAUGUUCCUGAUGCUAAAGUGCAUGCAUUAAUUCAAUGGAGAAUUCAAAGGAAUCCAAUUAUUGGAGAUAAAUUUGCAUCAAGGCAUGGUCAAAAAGGAAUUAAUUCAUUUCUUUGGCCUCCAGAAUCAAUGCCAUUUUCUGAAUUUGGAAUGGUUCCAGAUAUUCUUUUUAAUCCUCACGGGUUUCCUUCUCGAAUGACAAUUGGAAUGAUGAUUGAGAGUAUGGCUGGAAAAGCAGCAGCAACACAUGGGGAUACUUUUGAUGCUUCUCCUUUUGUUUUUAAUGAACAAAAUACGGCUAUAGAACAUUUUGGGAAAAUGUUAUCAAGAGCUGGUUAUAAUCAUUAUGGAGAAGAAACUAUGUAUUCAGGCGUGGAUGGACGUGAAAUGAAAGUGGGAAUUUUUUCAAAUAUUUGAUAUUGAAGGGGCAUUUUGUCAUACUAACUGGGGGUUGUCGAAAAUGCAAAAAUUGGUGUUUGAGUUACGUUGUUUCCUCAUGCAUUUACUAUUUUCUUAUUUCCUCAUAUUUUUUAAGGAACAAUAUGA